AUGCCUGGCGUUCCGAAAAGUCGAGGCUGUAAUACCUGUUUGAAGCAGAAGAAAAAGUGUGACCAAGCCAAGCCAGCUUGCUCAAGAUGUGCUCGGCUCGGGGUUCCCUGUGUCGGUUCAGGCGAGCAGAAAUAUGUCUUCAAACCAGUAUCAUUCACCAAGCCAUUUAAACCCAGCUUUCAAAAAGCACGAAAACGCGAGAAACCCUCUCAGUUAUCCAUUACACAUAAGCCUCAAAAUUCCUUAACUCUUCUCGAAGCCAAGUUUGUUGCGGCGCUGGAAGUAACAGACCUUCGCUAUGGUGUUCACUGUUAUGGCGACUUUCUAGAGCAUAUUCCUAGAAGGCUAGGCCACAGCCAUACUCUCAAUGUUUCAGUUGAUCUGAUGAUGAGUACCUUACCUUAUCAUUAUUCACAUGAGAUCCCAUCUCAGGUUCUAGCCAAGUAUGGCAGCGGUUUGAAAGUAUUAAAAGGUUUCCUGAAUGGGACGGGCGCACGGCUCGGUCCCGAGGACCUUGCAUCCUUUCACAUUAUGACUAUAUGCCAGAGCUGGGUGCGGCGAGCAGAUGAGGACUGGAAAGGUCAUGUGCAGAUGCUUGCGCGGUUCAUGGAUACAGCAAGCGAAACAGGCUGUAGUGACAUUUUUGAACUCAAGUCGCUUGAUACCUCGUUGGUAGCUCUAUUUCUUGAGGCUCUGAUCGACCCAUCCAUCGGCUUGGAACAUUAUGUCAUUUUCAUAACCUCACAGUCGCACCAAAACACAUACAACAAAGAUCAGGGUUUUCAAAUUCGAACUUUUCAACUACAAAGGUUAAUCAGGAUACCGAGAUUUUUGCAUGAACCUCUGCGUUAUGUGGACGAAAUCAAAAUCACAUAUCAAGAGUUGCGAGGCGAUUAUUCAAGAAUACAGUGCCACCUCGAGAGUCUAAAUGAGCAGGAACCUCCUCCCGAAGACUUACAUAAUCGACCAAACCUAAACCACAAGCUUCAAGUCACGGAGGCGAUCUUUCUCACGGCAGUACUAGCUCUGAACAGCAUACUUCGAGCAACGUAUCCAGAUGACAGCGUCUUACUCCUGGAAGCAUCAACUUUGGUGAACGAACUUAUCACACUUGCUAAAACAGCAUCCCAAUACAGACCUCUUGGGGCCAGCUACAUCCCACCAUGCCUAGUAGCUGCAUGGGCGACUACGAGUGCUUUGGAAGCCCAGCAAAAUGAGAUUUGGACGUUACUCGCGGAAUAUCAGCACGAUUAUGCUCGCAUAAAGUGGGUUGAUCAGGCUAAAUUGCUCAAGGAAUUAAAUGGGAUACAGUUGGAGCGACUAUCUGGAUCGAACAGUCGGGACAAAGUCGAAAAGUCUGAUAUCGAUGGAAAUCUCGAGCUGUUGAUGGUCCAUUAUAGGGCAGUGUUUGGGUCCAUUGGCAGCUACUUCUUCCCGUCAAGCUGA